CCCCAGGCAGGGCUAUGACUCUGUGUUCUGCUCCCAGACUUUGGCAGUGGCCCAGUUUAUAAUGUGUGGCAGAUCUGGCUUUAAUAGAGAUUGUGUCUCUUCUCUAUGUUACAGAGGUUUUGUAUAGAUACUUGUAGGCUCAAGAAAGCAGGAGAUAGUGUGGUGUUCAGAAGUUUGGGUCAGAUGCUCUGGAUUCAAUGACUAUGGUGGACCAAGGAGGCUAGGUCUAAGAAAUCAAAAUGUAGAGAUGGGAAGGGAAGAAAAGUCCUUAACAGACAACACUACAAGAAAAAGGUGAAUUCUGACAGUGUGAAAUAGUAGGGAACCCUGUGCAGCAGGUCUUAAUUAUAGAGAAGUCUUAAAAAUAAUUGAAGGCUCAAGCCUGUAAGUUUAGGAACCAGCUGUAAGUUGGGAUGUCCUCACAAGCAUACUGAGGACCAGUGGCUUUGUAUGCAGCACAGGUUGGGGGAAACCAAAAAUAGCAUUGGUGGAAAAAUCUUUACCCUGCUGGGAUUUUUCUCACGAGGCACUCUUGUGGUGCUCACAUGCUCACUUUCCCACACACGGUGAUCUUCUUGUUGAAUUAAAAUGUACGAAAUCCAAGAUAUGACAGUAUUUUUGAUCUGUGACUUAAAAAGGCCAGUUUAUUGGAAGUUUUCUUCACAGCAUCAAUAAUAAAUCAGACAUUGAGAAGCGAGGAAGAAGGAACCUUAGAGUCCUAAGGUUCAUAGGUAAGAGAACAGAGACAUAAUAAUUUAAAAAAGAGUAAAGGUGGCCAAAGUAGCAAAGGAGAAAGAGAACACUUAAGUGGAUAUUGAAGGGAAAGUCAGCAGAUUGAUCUGUGGGCAAAAGAUUAAAUUAUUUUCUCUGAACUAACUGUGGUACAGACUGUCCUUUACAUCAGCCUUUAAUGUUUGUUCAAUGUUUUAUUAGGACAUGAGAAUCUCGAAUCUGUAACUCGGCAUCUGUUUGGCUUUAGGUAACCUGUGAGUGGGGAAUCCCAGAGGAUCAGAGAGCGUGUGAGAGAUCAAAAAGGUCGUGUUGAUGAACAACCAGAACCAUUCUGUCUACCUUUAACUAGAUGUCCUAUGGAUAUUGGGCGCAGCCAGCGCUGCUCUCUCACCCUGGGCCGUGUGGGAGCUUCGCAGCAUGAUCAAAUGCACCAUCCCAGGCAGCCAUCCUCUGCUGGAAUUUGGUGACUACGGCUGCUAUUGCGGCUUGGGAGGCAGUGGGACUCCAGUGGAUGAGCUUGACAGGUGCUGUCAAGCACACGAUGAGUGCUACUCCCGGGCACGUAAACUAGAAGCAUGCAGAUCCCUCUUGGACAAUCCCUACACAAAGCUGUACAGCUUCAGCUGCUCCAGCGGGCAGAUCACAUGUAACAGCAAGAACCACGAGUGCGGGAUGUUCGUCUGCAACUGCGACCGCACGGCUGCCAUGUGCUUCGCCAAGGCGCCCUACAAUCCCGAGCACAGCAGGCUGGACACCAAGAAAUACUGCAACUAAUCCUCAUCCUCGUCCUCCUCCUGCCCCUCAGGGCGGCAAAAGGCCGGCAGCGGCCUCUCGCUAAUAAACGCCUCGC